AUGGGCGUGGGCGCGGAAAAGCUUCUGAGUGAAGAAGGUUUAAAAAAGCGCUCUUUCCACGCGUACUCGGAACGAGACGAGACGCCUCUGGAAGAAGCGGUGGAGACGGAAUGGUCGGCGGCGCACGAGUUACUGUUUCGAUUACCGAAGAAAGGCGACGCGAGUUCGGAUUCGUUCAUACCGGAGGAGUUGAAAGGCGCGUUGUUUUGCGGACACGUGGUGACGGAUUUGGAUUCCAUAGCCGGGGCGAUCGGGGCGGCGGUUUUGCACGGAGGAGUGGCGGCGAGAGCGUCGGAGAUUAACAGCGAGACGGAGUUUGCGUUGGAAUAUUGGAACUGUUCGUUGCCGGAGAAGAUUGAGGAUUUAAUCGAGGAAGAGUCUAAAGUGUGCUUGGUGGAUUUUCAACAACAAAGUCAGCUCAACCCGGCGAUUCCGAUGAAGAAUAUCGUGGGUAUCAUCGACCAUCACGCGUUGCAAUCGAACACGAUUGUGACGGAGAAGCCGAUAUUCGUGGACAUUCGCCCGUGGGGGUGCAUGUCUGCGAUUAUCGCGCACUCGUUUUUAAUGUACAAGAGAUAUUUACCGAGAAAAAUAGGCGGGAUGUUGCUGUCGGCGAUUUUAUCGGACACUUUGAACUUGAAGUCGCCGACGACCACGGAGUGGGAUCGAAGAAUCGUUGCCAUGUUAGUGCAAUACAUAGGGGUGAAAGAUAUCAACGAGUUAGCCGCAAAACAAUUCCGAGCGAAAUCGCACAGUUUGAGCGUAAUGAGCGCGUAUCAAUUAGUUUCCGGGGAUAUGAAACAGUUCAAGUUUCAUUCCGGAGAAGCCGGAGACGAGGAGAUUAAAAUCGCGUAUUCCGUCAUCGAAACGACCGACGCGGAAGCGGCGACGAGCAGGUUGAUUGAAUUGUUACCGGAAAUGCGUAAAGUGAAAGAGGAGUUGAAGGUGCACGCGAUGUUGUUAGCUAUUGUAGAUAUCGUAAAUUUAACGUCCGCGUUAGUUUUGUGCGGAAGAACGGAACAGUCGUUGGCGAAAGCCGCGUACGACGGAGCGCUCGUGGACGGGAAUACGCAUUUGAUGGAGUUGAAAGGCUUAGUCAGUAGAAAGCAAGAUUUUAUUCCGCCUUUAACGAAAGCAGUGAAAGGCGGGUGGAUUGUGCCAAAGUUUGAUGGGAUGGCUCGAUCGGAAAGCAAAAUAGACGUGGCUGAAGGAGAAGUGGAGGUUGUAUAUAGCGAAAACCCACAAGGCGAAUUAAGACGCGUCGCGCACAAAGAAGAAGAAGAAGAAGAAGACAACAACGAGGCGUAG